GAGCGCUAGCGUCUGCAGCGCUGGUGUCCAGGGUUCCUGAGCUCGGGCGGGUAGCCGGUUGCAGGUUGCUUGUCGUUUUCUCACGUGCAGUGACGCUGACACCAGGGAAUUGCUGACAGCCGGUGGCGCGAGGUGGGACCAGUAUGCUGGAGGAAGGAGCACCACCUUUUCCAAAUGCUGCACUUCCCUCAGAGGAAAGAGCAGGAGAGAACAGAAUGGCUGUUGGGCCCCAGGACUUCCAGUUUUCCAACCUGGCAUGAACUCCCAGUUAGAACAAAGGGAAAGCCGGUGGGAGUGCUGAAGGGAGAAGACCUAAGAAGCACCUGUCCAGACUGGGAAACUGUCCCUGAACUGCCAGGGCAAGCCCUUUCUGAAGAGUCAUGCCAARGCAUAUGUGAGCAGAGGAAGAGCUUCAGUCUAAGACCAGUCCUGUCUCCACAACACAGAGUUCCUGCAGGAGUGAGGCCUUGCAAACCUGAAACCUGUUCUAAGAGCUUUCAGAAUUCAGAAAAAAUUCAGCCUCAGAGAGUAAAGCCAUUCACAUGUCAUGAGUGUGGCAAAGCCUUCAGCUACUGUUCUUCCCUUUCUCAGCAUCAAAAGAGCCACACUGGGGAGAAGCCCUACGAGUGCAGGGAGUGUGGGAAGGCCUUCAGCCAGAGCUCCUCACUUAUUCAGCACCAGAGGAUUCACACUGGAGAAAGACCCUACAAAUGCACUGAAUGUGGGCGAGCCUUCAGCCAGAAUGCAAACCUCACCAAACACCAGCGCACUCACACAGGAGAAAAGCCCUACAAGUGUAGUAAGUGUGAGAAAGCCUUCAGCGACUGUUCAGCCCUUGUUCAGCAUCAGCGAAUCCACACUGGAGAGAAACCCUACGAAUGCAGUGACUGUGGAAAGGCCUUCCGCCACAGUGCAAACCUCACCAAUCACCAGAGGACUCACACUGGGGAGAGGCCCUAUGAGUGCAGUGAGUGUGGAAAGGCCUUCAGCUACUGUGCAGCUUUUAUUCAGCACCAGAGGAUUCACACAGGGGAGAAGCCUUACAAGUGUGCUGUAUGUGGGAAGUCCUUCAGCCAGAGUGCAAACCUCACCAACCACCAGAGGAUCCACACUGGAGAGAAACCCUACAAGUGCAAUGAGUGCGGAAAGGCCUUUAGCCAAAGUACAAAUCUCAUAAUCCACCAAAAGACCCACACUGGAGAGAAACCAUAUAAAUGCAAUCAGUGUGGGAAACUCUUCAGUGAGAGCUCAGCCCUUAUUCGACAUCACAUAAUUCACACCGGAGAAAAACCAUAUGAGUGUAGUAAGUGUGGAAAAGCAUUUAACCAGAGUUCAUCCCUUAGUCAACAUCAGAGAAUUCACAGUGGUGUAAAGCCCUAUGAAUGCAGUGUGUGUAGGAAGGCCUUCAGGUGUAGCUCAGCUUUUGUCAGACACCAGAGACUCCAUGUUGCAGAGUAACCAGGAGCAAUGGUCAAGGGAACCCCAGAUGCUCCAACUCAGCAUCCAAGUCAGGUGCAUAGGUGAGCUCAGAUAAAUACUGUCAAUUAAAGCAUCUGGAGACACCGUGCACUUUAAUCUGUAGCCUGGAGACACAUACAGAAACACCCUGAAUAUUCUUACSUGUUGUAAGUAAAAGCUUAAGCUCAAGAGCUUGCUAACAUUUUCAGUCUUUAGUAAGCAUCAAGAAUCUAAAGCACUCACAGCCUGGUGGCACUCGCCUAUAAUCCCAGUAGCUCAGGAGGAUCCUGAGGUUAAAGCCAACCUCAGCAACAGUGAGGCACUCAACAACUCUGCCAGACCCUAUAUCAAAAAUAUAAAUAGGGCUUAGUAUGUGGCUCACUGGUUGAGUACAUUUGAGUUCAUUCCCCAGCACCCAAAAUAAAACACCCAUUAGUCCAAAUUGUUUCAGGCAAUUUGAUUGGCAAAAUGAACAAAUCACUGAAAAACUUGUUUUCUUCUAUCAAAGUCAGUAUUUUUGGAAAUGCUCAUUUCUUCUGGAAAUAGAAUGGCUGCAAAAGAACCAAGAAAUAGUGGCCAGAUACCAAGACCUAUCCAGUUUAGGGUAGCAAAUGUGGAUGAGGAAAGGGAUUCUAGAGUCAACCAUCCAGUACCAGACAGGGAGAAUYACUUCCUAAUGCUGAAAGAUAGGCCCAGAAUCCACCUAUGAAUGGUUGCAGAGCUUGUCACUGGGGAAGAGGAAGCAGCCAUGAUAUCCUUCUGGUGAACUCCCACACAUAAAGGCAUAUCCCACUCUACGGGGACCAGAACAGGAAGGGGCCAAUCAAGGAUCUGAGCACUCAUCUGGAGGUCAAUCAUGAGCUGCAAUAAGGCUCAUUAUUGACAGAACUGUUCCCUUUAGGAGAUGCAGACUUUCAUACCAACUUUUCUCCCUUGCAUUCUGACUUGGGUCCUAACAACCUUGACAAUGUCAUCCUCAGACCCCAACUAUUUUGCGCUUGGUUUUUGGUGAGCCAAGCAUGACUUCUCAUUACCAGCCUGCUGUCAGACUGCACAACUCAGGGGCUUCAGCUUGUUUCUCAGGGGGCAUGGUACACAUGUGCUGCCUUCUAGGCCAUUAGAAUGCUGCUUUACCUCAAAGUCCAGGCAGUCCUUUCCACUGGAGGCAGUUAUCCAAGAUAGGGUAAAAUGACCCAUAGAAAAAAAUCAAGUCUUCGAAGCAAUUAUUUCCAAACCUCAUUUGUUGGUGUCUAGAAAAAGCUGCCUAG